CUCAGCCGACAUUUUCCCCGGAGUAAUCCUGGACCUUGUUCCCCAAAGAACCGCCCCUCCAAGGAGGACGGCCCUGGCAGAGGGGAGUUGCCCGGGUCACCCCACAGGAUACUGGGCCUGGCCAGCUCCCCGCCCGGCAACUCUGCCCGUGUCAAGUCACCCGACAACCCUGGGGAGAGCUGUUUGGAAGGCUCACGUGGGGAAGACAAAACGUAAAUGGGACGGCACCUCGGAGGAGCCGGGGUUGUCAGAGGAUUGGCUGAAAUUUAAAAAGGGCGUCUAGGCACUUUGCAUUAUUGGGCUGGCAUCAUUGGCACUCGGGUAUGGAGACUUGCGAGUGUGGGGAAAGCCAGUGGACUUCUGCAGCGUUUCAGGUCGCCAGGUGGGCAGUGUGUUGGAAGGACCUCACAACCAGGCAAGCCACCCUCUUGGAUGGUGUGCCAGGAAGGUAACCAGGUAGGAGAAUAUGCUGCAAAGCCUGAAAAACCUGAAAACGGUCAAUGUCAGCCUGUAGAUACUGGUUGAGCGAACUGGAUACAUUCAGUUGCACAAUGUGGUCAUUAAAAGAUUGUAUUACAUACUGAUUAGUGUACCUGUAUGUUUGCGUAUACAGGGUAUACACAAGUACUCUUAAAAAUACAGGAGCUCCAUAAUGCUUUAAUUUCCUACUGCUGCUGCAACACAUUGCCACGGAUUUUUUAUUUUACAGCUCUUAAGAUUGGAAGUGGGAAAAGGGCCCUAGGGGUUAAAUCGAACUAUCCACCGGCCUGGUUCCUUCCAGAGGGUUGCAGGGGAGAAUCUGCUUCUUGGCCUUUUCCAGCUUCUAGAGGCUGCCUUCUUCCCUGUUCGAAACACAGCCACUCCCACCUCUGCUUCCAUUGUCAUAUCUCUCAUUUUUACCCUUUUGCGUCCCUCUUACACAGACCCUCAUGAUUACUUUGGGCCUAUCCAAGUAAUGCAGGACAGUCUCUCCAUCUCAAAACCUUGAAAUCAGUCACAUCUGCAAAGACCCCUUUGCCACAUAAGACCACAUACCGCUCCUGUGACAAAAAUCGUUUUAUGGCAAAGGAAACCAUCAACAAAAUGAGAAGGCAAACUACGGAUUGGGAGAAGAUAUUUGCAAAUGAUAUAUCUGAUAAGGGGUUAAAAUCCAAAAAAACGUAAAGAACUCUUACAACACAACACCAAAAAACAAAAAACCCAAAACAAUCUGGUUAAAAAUGAGCGGAGGACCUGAACAGACAUUUCUCCUAAGAAGACACCAGCUAUCCAGCAGACACGUGAAAAGCACUCACCAUCACUCGUCAGGGAAACGCAAAUCGAAACCACAACGAGAUGCCACCUCAUGCCUGUCAGAAGGGAAAACAAACAAAAUCCUGUGGAAGUUGGCUGGAACACUGUUGCACCCAGAGGCGCCUCCACUCUCAACCGCCCUCAGUCUUCAGAAGCUUCUGCAAGAAACUCAGAAACCCAGUUCCCAGCUCCACUCACCUCCCUGCAUCGAGGUGGAAGAGAGCUGCUCUGCUGCCUUCGCUUAAUGACAACCUGACAACUUGCACCUGCUCUGGGGGUGGGGGCGGGGCCUCUGCUUUGGCCCACCUCUGCGAAUCCGCUUGGGACCCCUGGCGCCCCACAGUGGUGGCCCUGACCCCCUUGUCUGUUGGUGCCCAGCAAGCUGCCCAAGGAAGGACUGGCCCAGGCAAAUAUUCUCGCCAAAUUGAAUAACCCUUCGCCUUAUUCCCCUCAAAGGACCGACUCCCCACCUCCCAGGUCCCUCACCCCCUACCCAUACUGUGCUGUCCCCUGGGGGCCACAGAGAUCAUGCUAGGUCUGCAGUGGGCACUCUCCAAUGUUUGUGCAACUGAACACUCCAACCCGUCUCCCUCCGGCCUGCCGCAGCCUCUGGGCCUCAGCCUCAAGAGACCUGCUCUCACUGGGGAAGUGACCUCCGUCCUGCCCCUCCAGCACUCACUCCUGACUCGCUUUUAUCCUGCAUCAUCCACCCUCCUCCCCACCUUUGCGCUUUCCACAUUCUAAAUGCUAUGAAUUUACUCACACCGGACUGCGAGCUCCAUGAGGCCUGAGACGUUGCUCUGCUUGGCCUUGCAGCCCGAGCGCCCACCAUAGCGCCUGGCACUCAGUAGGUGGUCGGUAAGCAGUGGUCCAAGUGACGGAUGUCGGUGUGGUGAGAACGCACCCAUCAUCCCUGAUCUAAGGAGCCUACAGGUCCGUGAGGGACGCCCUUGAACGGAUCACCGCAGCCCGUCCAAGCGGGAGAGCUGACACAGGAGCUCCAGGCGCGCACGCCCCAGGAGGUGGCCUACGCGGGCCGAGAGCAAGGCGUAAAGCGCCGCCCCCCGGGCUUUUUGAAACACAGUGUGACUUGUUCCGCGUGUUUGAAAACUUUACCAAGGUCCUCCUGAAGACCUUUCCCCGUCAGUGAUGGUUCUCACGGGCAGAGUCGGGGUGCUGUAGAGAAGCCCUGACGGUCGGGCCUCCCUUUCUUUGUAAUGCAAGUGCCCGAGUUAGGUUUUGCCUGCGGAGCACCCGCUCCCAAAACGGCUCUCGCCUAGAAACGCUGCCCGCGAGGGAUGGAGGGCGGGCCCCCGUCUGGGGCUAGGGUGCCCCGGGAGACGAGGCGGGGUGGUGGGGUGGCGACGCGCGGGUGAGUCGCGCCGUUCGGGCGGCGGCCCAGGACGUGGCCCCACCCCCAGGACAGGGCCCGGACCACGCCCCAGGCCCCCGCGGAAGCAGCGGCUCGGCCCGAGAUCACCUCGGGAGAGCCCAGGCCCUGGAUGUCAGACAGGAAUCGGAGAGAGGGUCCCUCUGAAGCCCCGCCUCCCACUCCCUUUCUCCCGUGAUGACUAAGGAUUCUGGAUUCAGGGUUUACUGACCACACCCUGGGACCCGCGGGGGCGGAGCCGGUUUGCUCACGCGGCCUGGGCAGCGGGCUGGGCGAGCCCUGGGUUCCUCCUUUGGACGGUUGUGGGAGCCAGCUUCCUCCGCGGGCUCAUCCGCCAGGACGUCCACACGUAAACCUUGCCUGCUGGUUGGCGGGAGCCUUUACCUGGUCCGCGCCUCCCAGGGACUUUGGCCCUGAACCUGCCCGGGGUUGGGAGGGGGGACUCCUGCCUUCGGCCAGGGACACGAAUGAGGCAGUUUUUGCUCAUUGGGAAGCUUGGGGUGUCGUGGCACCAGGAGCCUCACAUGGGGUUGAGUCAUCCUGUUUGUCCUGACCUUUCUGGAAGGCAGCAGGAAUUGUUUCCAGAAGACACUUCACCUCGAACCAUGAAUCUCGACAUUCAGUGUCAGCAGCUGAGUGACGCCCGGUGGACGGAGCUCCUGCCUCUGAUCCAGCAGUACCAGGUGGUCAGGUUGGACGACUGUGGCCUCACGGAGGUGCGGUGCAAGGACAUCUGCUCUGCCCUCCAGGCCAACCCCUCGCUGACCGAGCUGAGCCUUUGCACGAAUGAGCUGCACGAUGCCGGGGUGCGGCUGGUGCUCCAGGGCCUGCAGAGCCCCAGCUGCAGGAUCCAGAAGCUCAGCCUCCGGAACUGCUGCCUGACGAACACCGGCUGCGAGGUCCUGCCCGACGCGCUGCGCUCCCUGCCUACCCUGCGAGAGCUGCAGCUCAGCGACAACCCGCUAGGGGACGCGGGCCUGCAGCUGCUCUGCAAAGGACUCCUGGACCCCCAGUGCCACUUGGAGAAGCUUCAGCUGGAGUACUGCAACCUGACGGCCGCCAGCUGUGAGCCCCUGGCCGCAGUGCUCAGGGCCUGGAGGCACGUCAAGGAGCUUGUGGUAAGCAACAACGACAUCGGCGAGGCUGGCGUGCAGGCGCUGUGUCGGGGCCUGGUGGACUCUGCCUGCCAGCUGGAGACGCUCAAACUGGAGAACUGCGGCCUCACGCCGGCCAGCUGUAAGGACCUGUGCGGUGUCGUGGCCUCCAAGGCCUCGCUGCAGGAGCUGGACCUGGGUGACAACAAGCUGGGUGACCAGGGCAUCGCCACACUGUGCCCCGCGCUGCUGCACCCCAGCUCCCGGCUCAGGGUCCUGUGGCUCUGGGACUGUGACAUCACCACCACGGGCUGCAGAGACCUGUGCCAAGUGCUCAGGGCCAAGGAGAGCCUGAAGGAGCUGAGCCUGGCAGGCAAUGCGCUGGGGGACGAGGGUGCCCGGCUGCUGUGUGAGAGCCUGCUGGAGCCUGGAUGCCAGCUGCAGUCCCUGUGGGUGAAGUCCUGUGGCCUCACGGCCACGUGCUGCCCCCACGUCAGCGCGAUGCUGACCCACAACAAGCACCUCGUGGAGCUGCAGAUGAGCGACAACAAGCUGGGCGACUCCGGCGUCCAGGAGCUCUGCCAGGGCCUGAGCCAGCCUAGCGCCACGCUGCGGGUGCUCUGGCUGGGGGACUGCGACGUGGCCAACGGCGGCUGCAACAGCCUGGCCUCGCUCCUGGUGGUCAACCGCAGCCUGCGGGAGCUGGACCUCAGCAACAACUGCAUGGACGACCGGGGCAUCCUUCGGCUGAUGGAGAGCCUGGAGCGGCCUGACUGUGCGCUGGAGCAGCUGGUCCUGUACGACAUCUACUGGACGCAGCAGACUGAGGACCUCCUUCAGGCCCUGGGAGAACGCAAGCCAGGCCUGCGGAUUAUCUCCUGAGAGGCCUCCUGCCCCUCCCCCUCCGGACCUCCUGGCUGAGAAUGAAGAGAAGGGUUCAAAUCGAUGGACUUCUGUGGGAAAGUUUCAGACACUUUUAUUAAAGCACUUUUUUUGGCA